AUGAGUUUUGCACCUUCUCCAACGUUUAACCCUCAACAACAACCCUGUGAGCUCUGCCUGCCCAGGCCUCUUACCUCCUCCAGAGGAGCAAAAGGAAAUGACCAGGUUUCAGCUAAAGGAAGUUCUCUAAACAGAAGGGACAGAGAACAGAAGGAGGCUUCAGACUUCAGGAAGGAAGAAAGAACAGUGGAAUGGGUAAAAACACAGGAGGCAGUGACAUUCAAGGAUGUAGCCGUGGUCUUCACCAAGGAAGAACUGGGGCUGCUGGAUGCUGCUCAGAGUAAAUUGUACCAAGAUGUGAUGGUGGAGACCUUCAGGAACCUGCUCUCUGUGGAGCAGUUGAACCAAAAGAGCAGGAGGGAGAAGACACAUGUCCUUUAAGACCUAGCCUUGGAAGUGACAUACGAUCCACACAGGAAUCAAAAUGAGAUAGAGACUCUUCAAGAAGUAGCAUUAAGGUACCUUUUACAUGAAGAUAUUAUCUGCUGGCAGAAGUGGGAACAAUUUACAAGUAUAUUAGCCAGAAAUCAAGAUGCAAUAAUAAAUCUUCAAGACAAGAGGUCUGAGAUGCUAAAACAAGGUGAUUCUCCCUGUCAUAUAUGGGCAGGAGUAUCUAUUCAGAGUUCUGAAGAUGAGAACUAUGUAAUGAAGUUUCAAGGGGAGAAUUCCAGUAGGAAUCAAAAUAAAGAGUUCCCAAAUGGGACCACCUGGGACUUUUUUAGGAAAAUAUAUCUGAGACAGUCACAGAAUUAUCAAAUGGAUGUAAGAAAUAAACAGUGUAAAUAUGAUCAGUGUGUUAUGAAAAGAUACCCUCAUCACCACGAUGAUCACAGAGUACACGUAAGAGAGAAAGUGUUUAGCCGUAAUAAUUGUGGAAAAGACUUGAAAUCAUCACAGCACAGUGUAAUCCACUCAGGAGUGCAAACAUCUGGUGAGAAUGGAAAAGGAAAGAGCAUUGACUCUAGUCUUGAAGUUUAUCAGCAGUUGCACUUAGGAGAAAAGCCUCAUAAAUGUAUUGAGUGUGGAAAGGGCAUCAAUUAUAGCUCAGUGCUUCCCAUUCAUCAGAGUGUUCCUAUAGGAGAGAACUACUAUAGGAAAGAUGGGGGUGGUGAGGGCCUCAGUCAGAGUUCACAUCUUCAAACUAAUGAGAAAGUCAACACAGGAGAGAAACCCUACAAAUGUCAGGUGUGUGCUAAAAGCUUCAAUCAGAGCUCUUCUUGUUCUGCUUAUGAACUCAUUCACAUAGGAGAGAAGCCAUAUAAGUGUGGUAAGUAUGGGAAGCACUUCAAUCAUAGCUUAGAUCUUAACAUUCACUAUGUGAACAACAUUGUAGAGAAAUCCUAUAAAUGUGAUGUGUAUAAUAAAAGUUUCAGUCAGACAUCACACCUUCUCAGCCAUCAGAUAGCCCACAAUGAAGACAAAGCAUACAAAUGGGAAGAAUGUGAUUGGAUACUUAAUCAGAAUUCUGGUCUUCAUCAGAGAGUCCACACUGGAGAGAAAUCAUAUCAAUGUGAUGUGUGUGGUAAGGUCUUCAGGAGGGCCUCACAUCUUCAAGCCCAUCAGAGAAUACAUACUGGAGAGAAACCAUACAAAUGUGGUGUGUGUGAUAAGAACUUCAGCCGUGAUUGCAAUCUUCAAGCCCAUCAGAGAGUCCAUACAGGAGAGAAACCAUACAAAUGUGAGACAUGUGGUAAGGAGUUCAAUCGGAAUUCACAUCUUCAGGGUCAUUGGAGAGUCCACACAGGAGAGAAGCCAUACAAAUGUGAGACAUAUGGUAAGGGCUUCAGAUGGAGUAAAGAUCUCCAAGCCCAUCAGAGAGUCCACACAAUAGAGAAACCAUACAAAUGUGCAACAUGUGGUAAGCACUUCACUUGGUUUUCCAGUCUUCGUGCUCAUCAGAGAGUUCACACAGGAGAGAAGCCAUACAAAUGUGAAACAUGUGGUAAAGUCUUCAGCUGUAGUUCAGAUCUUCAUGCCCAUCAGAGAGUCCACGCAGAAGAAAAACCAUUCAAAUGUGAGACAUGUGGUAAGGACUUCACUCGGAUUUCAAAUCUUCAUGCUCAUCAGAGAGUGCACACAGGAGAGAAACCAUACAAAUGUGAGACAUGUGGUAAGGCCUUCAGAUGGAGUUCAUAUCUUCAAGGCCAUCAGAGAGUCCACACAGGAGAGAAACCGUACAAAUGUGAGACAUGUGGUAAGAACUUCAAUCAGAUUUCAAAUCUUCAUGCACAUCGGAGAGUUCACACAGGAGAGAAGCCAUACAAAUGUGAGACAUGUGGUAAGGCCUUCAUCUCCAGUUCAUAUCUUCAAGCCCAUCAGGGAGUCCAUACAGGAGAGAAACACAAAUGUGAAGAGUGUGGGAAAAGCUUCAUUUUGAAUCCUUAUGAUCGUGUUCAUCAAAGGGUCCACAUGGGAGAGAAACCCUAUGAAUGUGGCAUAUUUGGUAAGAGCUUCAUUCAGUCCUCACAUCUUGAAGCACAUCAGAGAGUCCAUGUUGGAGUGAAACCAUAAAAAAAAGAAGAAAAGGCCAAUGUAACUGCUCUGGGCCACUUCACAAGCGCGGCCUUACCUAUCACAGUAAAUGGAGCCCGUUGGGGGAAAACCGGUCUCCAGCAGAAACCAAUUUGGAAGGCCAAAUCCCUAAGGUUCAAAGAAUGA